GAAGGGUUUGCGGUAGACAAGUCUUGUUUAACUUAUUUGUGAGAUGUUUUUGUUUUUUUAAUAUGUUACCACGAUUGAAAAUUUUUUUACAAAUUCAUUUAUGAAUCAUUUUCAUUGGAGUAGGCAGUUUUAACAACUAAAAAAAGCAUGAUGGAAAAUUUUUGUUCAUACUGCAGUGUGAUGGUCUCAUCCGAGACCGAAUUGAUUGAGCAUUGUAAUUCUGAAACUCAUCAACUCAUUAUUAUGAGUGACGAAGGACGUGAAUGGAAGUUCAGGGCUCCUCCUAGAGGUGUCGGCUCUGAUCAGUAUGUUUUGUGCAACUCGUUUUCUAAAACUGGAAAAUGUAGAUUUGCAGCCCUUUGUUGUGAUGCUCAUGGAGAAGAAGAGUUAGAAGAAUGGAAAGAAAGGUUUGAUUAUAGACAAAUGAAACUUCAAAGAGCUAAAGAUUGUCAGUUACAAGGAAGGCAAUAUUCAGAAUUGCUGCUAGAAAAAUGGCUGACUGCUCCCAACCCUAGUAUGAUUAUGACAGAACAUUUAGAUUCUGUUGUAUUGAAUGUGGAACCUGAUACAAAUUUAACUGUUCCUGAAAAAAAUUGCUGUAGGGAAUGGACUUUUCGACUUUCAGUGAAGGCCUCCUUAAGACAUGUGGCUUUGUUGUUUGAAGCUAAUCGUAAUCAUUUUCGUAUCAGUUAUUUAAAAACUCAACACACAGAAUUAACUGAUUUUGAAUUGGGGCCGAAUUGUCAAGAAUGGAGUAGCACAGAAAAUAGCCCAUUCAGUGAAGAAAGCUAUAUUGUUAAGGUUCGAUUUGUUACUGCUAUUUAUGGUACUUUUAGGCAGGACCUAGUAUUUGAUUUUGGUUUUGAACCAGUUUUAUUGAAAAAACUCUGUGUGGAUGUUGUUUCCAUAUCAGAUAUGGAAAAGUUGCAACAAGCCAGAGAAGAGGUGGUUUCAUACACAGAGCGAUGGAGUAACACAGAUGUCACAGUUAUUCCUUUUGAAAAUCGCCCUUAUCCAAUUGGGGAACAAGAAAAAAAUCUAUUAUCUUGUUAUCCACCUCCUAGUGGUCAAAAGUUCACUAUGACGCAAAAUGCUAUGGAAAGCACAUUAACGGAGAACAAUUAUUGUGCACGCCAACAUGAGCUGUUAAACAUAGAAGAAAUGUCUCAAUAUGAAUUAUUAUCUAGGUAUAAUGUGCAAGCUACGCUAACUUUGGUUGACCGUUAUUUACUGACUCCUAAUUCUGCUGUCACGGCAAAAUAUGCCCAAGGAGGAGAAUUAUUUGCUAAUAUGACACUUACUUCAGUUCUCUCUGAAGAUUCUCAAUCUGGUCGUUUGGUUUUAACAAACUGCAGUACAGUACUUAUUGCACCUCUGUCAUCUAAAGGAGAUGAGCAUCGAAAGGUGUAUGAGGCAGUCAUUGAAGAUAAAGGGAAAACAGUAAUAUAUAUUCGCAUGUCAAAACAGUGUUGUGAAGAACUGAAUUUGAAAUCUGAUCAAGAAUUUGUGGCUGAGGUACAAUUCCAAUUAAAUCGCUUGCCUUUGUGUGAAAUGCAUUUUGCAGUUGAUCGACUGCAUCCACCUUCUUUAGUAUUUCCAGAUGUUUCUGUAAGGCCUCAGCUGUGGAACAACCAUAUAACUUUCAAUUCUGAUCUAAAAUUGAAUCCCAAACAAAAAGAAGCUGUUUUGGCCAUCACAACACCUCUAUCCACUCGAUUACCACCAGUUUUGAUCAUUGGUCCAUUUGGAACAGGCAAGACUUAUACUCUAGCACAAGCUGUUAAAAUUAUAUUAUCACAAGAAAAUUCCCGAAUUCUAGUUUGCACUCAUUCAAACAGUGCUGCAGACAUCUAUAUUAGAGAAUAUCUUCACCCAUAUGUUGCUGAAGGCAAAUUUGAAGCUACUCCUUUGCGAAUUUAUUAUCGACAUAGAUGGGUGGCUACUGUUCAUCCAACAGUUCAACAGUAUUGUCUUAUAAAUUACAAUGGAAAUGAGAGAACCUUUGUGAUGCCUACUAUUAAGGAUGUGAAGUCACGUAAGGUUAUUGUAACAACUUUAAGCACGGCCAGAUAUCUAGUCCAGCUGGGUUUAGAAAAAGGAUUCUUUACCCACAUUCUUAUUGAUGAAGCUGCUCAAGCAAUGGAGUGUGAGGCAAUUAUGCCAUUGUCACUGGCGAAUGAAAACACUCGCAUUGUUCUAGCAGGAGAUCAUAUGCAGCUCAGUCCAGAAGUAUACUCUACAUUUGCCCAACAACGUAAUUUGCACACUUCACUGCUAGAGAGAUUAUAUGAUUUAUAUCCUGAAGACUUUCCUUGUAAAAUACUACUUUGUGAAAAUUAUCGUUCCCAUGAAGCUAUUAUUCAGUACACUAGUGAGUUGUUUUAUGAUAACCACCUUAAAGCAAGUGCACAGCAACCAAGGCAUAAAAAGUAUUAUCCAUUAACUUUUUUCACUGCCAGAGGAGAAGAUAUUCAAGAUUGCAACAGCACUGCCUUCCAUAACUACGCUGAAGUUAAUGAAAUCGUGGAAAGAGUGAUUGAAUUAAAAAAGAAUUGGCCUUCAUGUUGGGGUGAACAGGAUGAAACAAGUGUGGGCGUUGUUACUCCUUAUUACGAUCAAGUUGUGAGAAUCAGAGCAGAAUUAAGGAAGAAGAAACUUCAUGGAGUAUCAGUUGAAAGAGUUCUCAAUGUUCAAGGAAAACAAUUCAGGGUGAUUUUUCUGAGUGCUGUUCGAACACGACAAACGUGUGGCUCCAAGGCUGAAUCGGAUUUAGAUCAUGGUUUUUUAUCUAAUGCAAGAUUACUGAACACUGCCAUUACAAGAGCUCAAUCAUUAGUGGCAGUUGUUGGAGAUCCAGUAUCUUUGUGUUCAGUUGGAAAAUGUCGAAAACUGUGGGAAAAGUUCAUUUUCACUUGUCACAAAGAACAAAGUUUAUUCGGAAUUACAUGGGACUCAUUACGCUCUCAAUUGGAUAGUAUGGAGUUAAAGAAAAAUUUCAUUCUCAAUCCUUUAGCAUUGGAAUUUGUGCCUGGUCGAAUGUAUCAUGGUCUUCCAGUCACUUCAUCUGCAAAUGAGAACUUUUUCCCAAAUGUACCACCACCUCAGCCAUUGCUGUUUUUUUCUGUACCAUCUCCUCUUCAAGGCCCUCCUUUGAUACAACCAACGAUGGCCAUGAUGCCUGCCCCACAUCCUUAUUUAAAUGUAAAUUGUCUUGUUCCACCCCUUCUACCAACUCAACCAAAUCCUUUUCAAAAUUAUAAUUUCAAUUCUCCAGCAAUGCCACCACCACAACAGCGACCUGCAAACAUAACACGCAUGCCACCUGCUGCUUUCCCACGCAAAAUCAUGAAUGCACAAAGAAAUAUAGGUCCAAUAGAAAUUAACCCUCAGAUGAAAGAAUUUGAAAAUGGACUAGGAAGACCUAUUAAAAGGAAUGAGUGUUUACCAUAUGCUGCACUUGGGAAGCAACCACCACUUGCGAAGCCUGUGGAAGAACACAACCAAAAUGAAGCUGAAGACAUGAAACGUCUUGUCAUGAAUCGUAUGGAGCAUAUGAACAAUUUCCAUUUUCUUAAUGAGGGGGGAGAUAAUGCAACCCAUUUGCAAAAUAAUCAGAAUCAUUUUAAUUUUGAAGAGAAACCCAAGAUUCCUAAUAUGAUAAAAUCAGAUGAAUUGCCCAAUGGACCUAUGAAAAAUGGCAUGUCACACAAUGAAUUCAACUUGGGAUUAUUUCCUGAUCAGAUGCGAAAUAACAAGCCUCCAGUCAAUGGUAUUUGGGGCCCUCUUACACCAAAGUCUCGAUUUGAACCAGAAAUGCACAAUUCUCUUAAUUCGUAUGAAGAACCAAAUCCCGGAAGGACACCUUUCAAUGAAAUGAAUGGUGUAGUAAAUGAUGUGGAUCGUUCUCGUACAAUGUUUGAACCUCCAAAUAAUCAUCCUAUUUUUAUGCCUCCUGCUGUUGAGAAGUGGCCCAAUACAAACGAAUCUGUUCAAAAUGCAAAUAUACCUGAUGUUCCCUUGGCCAAUUAUUCUGUAGUUCAGACUUCCUUGGUGGAAAAGUUAAGUCUUCUCCAAAAGCUACUUCCUACAGGCACAGAUAUUCCUACAUUCUUGGAUAAUGAAGAGCAGACCAAAAAUUUUCUACAACUUUUGUUAGCUACUGAAGGAGCUGCAGCAGCAAGGACAUUUCUUUUACUGUUAGUGUCUAUCAAAAGGGAUCAGGAUGUCUUACAGGAAAUGCAUUUGAAUAAUCAGAAGAAGCUGGCAAAUAGAAGGUAUUGUUCACCAUCUCGAAAUAUGCAAGAGAUACAAUUGUCUCAAAUGAGAAAUAUGUCUGUUUUCCCAGCCAGACCUGUACCCCAGAUGAAUAAUUCUCAACCAGAAAUGUUUAAUAAUUCAGAAAAUUUUGGAGUGGAAGUGCCCAUGUCCCCUUUCUCUAUGCCACGUAUCUUCCCAACUGAUAAAUUUGAAUCCGGCAUUUUUGGUGGAGGGGAUUUGAAUCGACAAGAGUUGCCCAAACCUCAGAUUGGGUUGAACAAUCCUCCUCCCCAGUGGCAGUCGGAAAAUAAUAUUUGUAUCAACAACAGCAUGAAUCCUAAUCAUGAGGCUCCUUUGUUUGAGAUGUCAAAGCUUUCAAUUGGAAAUCCAGUAGAGAAUAGGAUGACCAAUGGUGAUGUUAUGCAAUCUCGAGAUAUCUUUUCCUCAUUGUCAAGUCCUUUUCAUGCCAGAAGAAGGUUUGAGGUUGAAAGGCCUGACGAUAAUGUUCGUCGUAUGUGGUCCUCACCUGAUUUUAAGAUGUCUCCUAUUGAGCAAGGAUGGCCUAAAAGUAGUCCAUUAAUAUUUGAUGAAUCAAGCAAUGCUCAAACAUCUUAUUUGAGUCGAUUAAGAAAUAUUUCUAGUGCAGUUGAUGGAGGAGAUAACAAUCAAUCCUUCCCUUUUGAAAUUCAAAAGCAAGAAGACAAAUCCUCUACUAAUAAUGGUAGUUUAAACAGUGGAGUCAUUACUGCUGGUCCUCUGUCCAUGUCUUAUCCAGACAUACCAGAUCUUUUAUCUGCUUUGUCUCCUGGCAAAGAACCAUCAUCAAAAGUUAUUCGAAAACCUACUGCUCGGUCUGCGGAGAAUUCCACAACGCCUACUUCACCUUUCAUGUAUGAUAUCAAUAUCCAGUCAAACAAUGAGUCUGGUCUACGUUAUCCUCAACUCUCGUCUGAAGGUAUGACGUAUGCCAAGAUUUUAAGAUCUCCUCAACAGUGACAUGGUGUAUAAAACUUUAGCUCAUUUAAUGCAUUAUGUACAUAAGAUAAAACAAACAGUGCAUUAUUGUUGUGGAUGAACAAAAUAUGUUUUACUGGAAUGUAAUUUUUAAAAUCUAUAUAUGUUUAAUAUUUUCAUCAAAUUGAUGUUCUGUAGCGAUCGAAAGUCUCAUGUACAGUAGUAUCGCUGUGUGACGUUUGUACAUAGUUCUCAUUGUGUUUUCUAUUCAUUAAAGAAAAUUUCUAAAGGAAA